UAAAAUAUAUUGAUGCUAUUUAUGAUUUAUGUUUGCAGGAGGUUGGUAUGUUUUACGUGAUUGGAAUAUGGUGGAUUUCGAUUACAUGAAGAUACUGAAGCAAUUGCAUGUGAAGUUCGGCGUCUCGCCUUAUUUCAAAAUAUCGGUGAUACCAAAUCCCAGGGAACCCGGAAACAGUAGCAUUUCGAUAUCACCCUCAGGCUUAGGACUUCCAGAUCGUAAUUACUAUUACGCACCGCAAAAAGACACGAUUGUAGCCGCUUACAAACAGCUUAUUAGGGAUAUUGUUAUUAAUUUGGGAGCUCCAAAGGCGAAUGCAGAAACCUUCGGAAACGACGUAUUCUUCUAUGAACAGAGGAUCGCUGAAAUGACACCAGAAACUAGCGAUUUACUUGAUCCUAUUCACAGUUACAAUCCUAUUCAUCUCUCUGAACUGAAACUGACAUCAUCAACGCUACCGUUGCACGAUAUUUUAACUGCCAUGUACCCUUCUGCAAAUGUCGAUGAUAAUACUGAAAUUAUCGUCACGCAUCCAGAUUAUCUACUUAAAGUCUCGCAAAUUAUUUCAUCAACGGAUAGGAAGAGCAUGAACGGUUAUAUGAUUUGGACACUAGUCAGGGAAUAUCUACCCUAUCUUUCCACUCAAUACACUUCGGCUAUAGACGCUUUCCAUAAUGAGCUUUUAGGCGUAGCUAAACCGUUUCAGCGAUGGGAAUUCUGCGCCAAUUUAGUGCAGAGAUUCAUGCCACUCGCCAUUGACGCCUUGAUUGACAAAGCAAAUCCUGUUAGAAACAAAACGAACGUCGUCAUUAACGAUAUUUUCAAGAAUAUACAAAAAGCAGCUAAGGCCAAAUUGAACAAGUAUAAUAGUAUUCCCGAAUUGUACACUCAUCUUGAGAAGAAGAUCUCAACGCUGAAUCUGCAAAUUGGACUUCCGGCUGUAGCGAAAACCGAAACGUUUCAGAAAGAUUACUACACGAGAUUGCAAAUACUGAAAGCGAAUCUGUUCGAAAGCUACAAGUACGGUAUUAUAUUUCUGAAGACGCUGGAUGAGGGCAGACUGUCGAAGAACGGCGCCCUCGAAUACGUGAUCAACGAAGCUCUGAGUGAUCCCUUCAGGGUGCACUACGUUCCGUCCAAUAACACGAUCAUCGUUCCGAGAGUUUUACUCUCAGCCCCGUAUUUCGAAGAUCAAUAUCCGAGUUCAAUAAUUUAUGGGCGACUGGGAAUGGAAAUUGCGGAAGCCGUGGCAACGGCAAUCCUUCCGUUCAAAAGCGCUUGGACAGCGGAAGGAAAACUUCUUUCGUCCUACCACGAAUCUGUCAAUGAAUCAUCCAGACUAAUUAGACACUCGAUGCACUGCUUAACGGAAUUCGCCAAAGACAAUAAUUUAGCGGAAACUAAAAGCGUUAACCUCACGUCUCUCAACACCUACAAAUACUUAUCGUCUCUGAAUCUGGCACGCGACGCUCUUAAAUUUGGAUUAGAAAACGCUGAACACGUGCACCAACCAGCCUUGGAGAUUUACGAAGAUUCCGCACUAUUUUACAUUUCACAUAUACAAAGUUUUUGUUCCCUGUCCACGAAACAUCAAAAUUUGUAUGAUAACGUAGUGGAAUUUCAAUUAUCAGAAGAAUCACUGCUGGAAGUAGCUUGGAAACAGCACGUAGGAAUAUCCGAAGCAUUCAAUUGUUAUUCGCCUUCCGAUAAAUGCAAUGACAUACUUUAAACUUUUUACUCUUUUUCACAAUCUUUUAUCUAUUUCCUUUCUGUUGUUUCUGGUUUGGAGAGCUUGACUAAUUCUUAUAAGAAGUUUUAAAACACAUCUAUUUUUUUUUGUUCAUAG